UCAGUGCGCGCCGGAGCUCGAACGUCCAGGAAGGAGAGACGAGGAGCGGCCAUAACUGCUGCCUGCGGAGCGCCGACUCCGGCCCGUCGCCUGGAUCAUGCCGGCAGGGAGGUCUUUCCGGCGGAGGAAGGAGGAGUCCGAGGAGGAAGACGAGGAAGAGCAGGUCACCGAGGUGGUCCGAUUGAAACUUGAGGAAGCAAAAGAAGUACAGAGUCUCCGGAGAAGACAAAAUGGAGUGAGUGCUGCAGCCCUGCUUGUAGGGGAGAAGUUGCAAGAAGAGACGACCUUGACGGAUGACCCCUUUAAUGUAAAGACUGGCGGAAUGGUGGACAUGAAGAAGCUGAAGGAACGGGGCAAGGACAGAAUCAGUGAAGAAGAGGACCUGAACCUUGGGACUUCCUUCUCUGCAGAGACCAACAGGAGAGAUGAAGAUGCUGACAUGAUGAAAUACAUUGAAACUGAGCUGAAGAAGAGGAAAGGGAUAGUAGAAAAUGAGGAGCAGAAAGUGAAGCAGAAGAACGCAGAAGACUGUCUCUAUGAGUUACCGGAGAGCAUCCGGGUCUCUUCGGCCAAGAAGACGGAAGAGAUGCUGUCCAAUCAGAUGCUUAGCGGCAUUCCUGAAGUGGACCUUGGAAUUGAAGCCAAAAUCAAAAACAUUAUCUCCACCGAGGAGGCCAAAGCUCGUCUAUUGGCCGAACAGCAGAAUAAGAAGAAAGACAGCGAGACCUCCUUUGUUCCCACAAACAUGGCAGUGAACUAUGUCCAGCACAACAGAUUUUAUCAUGAAGAGCUGAAUGCGCCUGUAAGAAGGAACAAAGAGGAACCUAAAGCCCGCCCGUUAAGAGUGGGGGACACAGAGAAACCUGAACCAGAGCGGUCCCCUCCAAAUCGCAAACGUCCACCAAAUGAAAAAGCAACAGAUGACUAUCAUUAUGAGAAAUUUAAGAAGAUGAAUAGGCGCUAUUGAAAGCUCUGUGUUUGCUUGAGUGUCUUUUCUUUCAUUGCUGGAGACAUAUCUGUAAAUAGAUUUUGCACGAUGGCACAUAUCCUCUUCAUUUGUGGCCAUCCGUUUUGCCCAAAGUGUCUUCCACAGACCUAUCUGUACAGUGACCUCUGAGUCUUUUCCAUGGGCAAGGUAUAUUGUGGCUUAUUUUCAGUGUUAAAGCUUUGUAUUUAGUAAAAAUGUCUGUUUGGA